GUCAUACCGUUAGAAUAUAUUGAUUCCUAGCUAAGAAAAAAUAUCCCCCGCAAAUCUAAAAAAACAACACAUGUUUAAUUGAAGUUUACGUGCAAAAUUAAGAUACAUCUUUCUUUGAAGUUCUCCAUUUGAGCAUAUUUGUUAUUUUUAGUUUUUAAAUAAUGAAAAAUUAUAAGUUCACCUGUUUUUCRUAUGGCAGCUACAUCAAGGUCAUUUAAUUGUACUACCACCUCGGAUUGCUAGUUGUUAGCGAUUGGUGAAACUCCCUUAAUUGAAUAAAUUGGCUUGAAAGAAAAUUGAAAAAACGUGUCACGAAAAUAAGUUAUUCUUUUAAAAUACCCGGAUAACUUUGCGUCCUACUACAAUCAUACAAUGUGUCAGCCUUUUGUAAUGAACAACGUAUUUAUGUAGAGUAGUUCUUGAAAAGCCUCGGGUUUCUUCGYGUAAUUUAAAUGAAUAAGGAGUGACAUUUAGUAGUUUUCGCAUUUUAAUGUCCUGUCAGCCAUUCAGCUGGAUUGUAAUGACGAACACAAUCUCGAACGUCUAAAAUAAGCUUAUCGUCUCCGUCAUUAAAGUUUGAGAAAUGAUGGUAAAUAAUACUGACAUUUAAAGCAUAUAGACGAAUAGGAGCCACUGUCUUGAAUGGCACUUGAUUAUAUACUACAUCAUCAGAGCACCGGAGAACAUCACAUUGCUUCGAAGUUUGAAAUUCCUACACCGUGUGCUUGAUUCAGCGAAUAUCCAAGCUAUCUUUAAAAUCUAGUUGAACUUAUCUCCGAGAGAGGAACAAAGCGAAUGCCAUUGGCCGACGCAUUGCUGUUAUCGUUAUAAAACGAGAAGGAUCUCGCGUGAAAAGAGCGGAGGUUUUUCGCGAAUGAUUCAAGAUACGAUCUGACCCAUAGCGUAUGGCCCUUGGGCUGGAUUAUCUUUUCAUUUUGGCCCGAUUAUAAAAAUAGAACAAAAUCUGGAUUUCUAGCAGAACGAUCCCUUACUCCUGGAGUUUGUUUUUGAAUUCAAAAUGCUCCAAAACAGUUCAUGGACGGAAAACCACACAGACGUGAAUACAUCGAGGAAAUAUUCCGAGGGGGUCGUUGCAUUCCUCAUCGCAAUCCACGUCUUCCUCAUGGGAACAACURUCUCUGGAAACGCUCUUAUUUGCGCUGCGGUUUAUAAAUUCCGAGCGCUUCGAACGCCGUCAAAUUUUAUACUCUCAAGUCUAGCAGCUUUGGACAUUGUUAUGGGGAUUGUCUUUCUAAACAGAGUGGUAAUUUUAGCUUUGGGAAAGCACUACGCUACGGCUUGUCAUGCUACAUCGGAACUGGCUUUCUCCGACACUUGUCUCAUUUUGCUUCAUUUGUGUCUGAUCUCGACRGAGAGACUACUGGCYAUCAAAUAUCCCUUGAGAUAUCCUUCGAUUAUUACCAAAUCUCGCGCUAUUAUAAUUCUGAUUUUCACUUGGAUUAUAGGAAUCAUUGGUACACUGGUAAUUCCUCACAUACAAGGGAGAGAAAUGGAGGGUUUUGCUGAAUUCCGUGAAGACUUCCACGUUUGCUCGGAUCCCAAUCACGWYGGCAGUAACUUUAACGUGCGAAAACCAUAUCCUAUAUUCGUAAUUUCGUUUUUCUUUUAUCUUCCAUUCACUAUUAUCGUAUUCAGCUAUGGUUACAUAUUUAAGGUGUCCUUAGAGCAAAGAAAAAGAGUCAAACGCGAAGCGAACUCCUUCAAGCGUAUUUCGACUCGCAGACGGAGAAAUAUUGAGCUGAAAGCCGUCAAAACUCUAGGUCUUGUGGUCGGUGUAUUUACAUUAUGUUUUGUCCCGAUAUUCACUGGACUUGUGCUACAGCAAUUUAUAAACAACCAAGUAGUUAUGGAUUUAAUACGAAUUUUUAGUUUGAUAGCAACGACGUCUUCGUCUAUUAACCCUAUAGUGUAUACUUGGGGGAAUAUGGAAUUCCGAAAAGCUUUUAAAAUUCUUUUGACGUUUAGACGUAAAGCCCCACUUGACGUUUCGGAAAAAGUAGCUUUUUCUACAACCGCAGGGCUUAUAACGAACGGUUCGUCUACGCCGUACAGAUUAUAACGUUCAAAUACGUAAAUACGCUACGAAUUUUGAAAGRAAAAGGAAAAGAGCUGAAGCACCUCACAGAUGCACAAACAAAUUUAAAAUGUGAAUGGAAAAGAAAAGGAGGAAAUAUCUGAAAUACUUUAUCUUCAAGGAUGGAUAAGACAUUGAAAGUUAUAACAAGAGAAAAUUAACAAACACAACAUAAUUUGGGUAAUAAKAAGAAACUAUCACAUCUGCAAUGAAUCCAUUUAAAAUAUGAUUCUGAAAUUAGUAUAAAUUUCAACGAAAUGAAAAAUGCGAGUUUCAAAGAACCUGGGGAGCCCAGGUAUUUCAAAAAGAAAUACUUUAUUUAAAAAAAUAAUUUAAAAGCUUAACGCCUGAAUAAGCUUAGUAUGUUUUUUAAUUGUAUAGAAAUGAGAUAUUUGGGAAUGUUAAUAGGAGAAAUGCCACGGGCUAAAGUGAGUGUACAGAUCUAAAUUAUCAAUAAUAAAAAAAAUCACCAUGAGCAGUUUUUUUUGCAAUUUUCCAAGAAAAAAAUGGAAAGUGAAUGGGGGAAUGAGAAUCGAUACAUGGUUGAAUAAAUGGGAAUUAAGAAUAUAAUAAGGAAAAGUAGAAKAAGGAGUUAACACGUGAAUUAAUAUACGUUUUUAAAAUUCAAAUUAUAAACAAACUUAACAAAUGAAAAUAUUCGUUAUGGAUCUGUUUUUCGCGAAAGUAUAUCCAAUCCAAAGAAUAUCGAAAAUCGCGGCUCAUUCGCUUCCUCUAUUUAUCAAAUAUGCUGUGUUUUAAGAUCGCGAGCCAAGAUUGCAAGGACACGAUUGCUAUUCAAUCUUAUACUUCAUAAUAGCCCAACCAUGAUCGCUCAGUUAGCAAUCUUUUUACUUAAAAACAACCGACUGUCUAAAGAAGACGCCGCAUCUWCUGUCYCCAAAACACAUUAUAUAUUUAAUCUGGAGUAAUGAGUUAGUUUAAAUUGUUAAUUUUAUCUUUUAUUGUUAAGUUUUCCAUCAGUCUGUCGGCUUUUUUUGCACUGUCUGUCUCCAUUUCAUACCUAAAUUGCAUUUUGGCUUCAGAAUACAGCCUAAGCUCUGCUAAAUAUCGCACUAGCGAUUGGAGGUAAUGAAGUACAGCUCUUAAAUCUGGUAAUAGAAUGUAAGUGUGAGUGUGCUAUGGAUUAAAAUGUGCAAUCAAAACAAGAAAUAAUGCGACUCGAGCGGCUCGAUUUCUAUUGAGAUACUUUCAUGGUUUUAACAYCGCAAUGGCGCCUUCGAAGUCGAAUAUUUUAAGUAUAUCCAGGCCUUGUCGCCUGCAAAUUGCGGGUUGAAGUAGCGUCUACUCGAGCACUUUUUCAUGUGGCAAUUUUUAUUUGAGCGCGUAAAUGAGCAAAAUUGACCAAUCUUUAUUUGACGCAUAAAAACUCGCAUGCCAUAAAUUUUCCAAUAAAUACAGUCUGCAUAUUAAAAAUUGGUCAAUUGUGCUCAUCAACGCAAGCAAAUAAAAAUUACAACAUAAAAAAUUGCGAAUGUAGACAUGGUUUAAGUCAUACGACUGGUGAUAAU